AUGGAGUUCAGAGACAACAACACGGUGUUUUCUCGACUCUGUAGAAGAAAAAUAUUCUUGGCUCUCUUUUUCGUUUUCUAUUUGAUAAAUAUCCCGCUUGCUGAAGCUAAAAUCCGCCGCUAUAAAUGGGAAGUGAAGUACGAGUACAAAUCACCCGAUUGCCUCAAGAAACUGGUUAUCACCGUUAAUGGAGUAACUCCAGGACCCACCAUUGAAGCAGAGGAAGGUGACACCAUUAUAGUUGAGCUUAAGAACAGUUUGUUGACCGAGAAUGUAGCAAUCCACUGGCAUGGAAUUAGACAGAUUGGAACCCCCUGGUUUGACGGAACAGAAGGUGUAACUCAGUGUCCAAUCCUGCCUGGAGAUAACUUCACUUACCAGUUUGUUGUCGACAGACCUGGGACGUACUUAUAUCAUGCUCAUUAUGGGAUGCAAAGAGAAUCCGGAUUGUACGGAGCAAUUCGCGUUGCAGACAGAAAACCAGAACCAUUAACAUAUGAUCAUGACAAGAUAAUCAUCCUCAAUGAUUGGUACCAUAAAAGCACCUACGAACAAGCCGCUGGCCUCUCUUCAAUACCCUUUCAGUGGGUUGGGGAGCCUCAGAAGACACCGGCAGGUUUAGCCGUUUUCAAUUACUACCCAAACCUUCCUCUCCGGUUACCUCCAACGAACCCUCCGCCGGGUCCGGCCUGAAACAAUACCACACCCCGGUUCGAACAAAGCCUCAAAAUCAAAGCUCGCCAAGGCUUCGUAAUCCCACCUCCACAAACACCAAACAGAGUCUUCGUCUUCCUCAACACCCAAAAUAGAGUCAACGGCUUCGUGCGCUGGUCCGUCAACAAUGUCUCAUACAACAUGCCGCACACCCCUUACCUUAUCGCUCUGAAAGAGAACAUGACCGAUGAUUUCGAUCAUAACCCACCACCGGACGGCUACGAUUUUGUUAACUACGACAUAUUUAAGAAACCCGCCAACCCGAAUGCUACAAGCAGUACCGGGAUUUACCGGCUGCAGUUCAAUUCAACGGUGGAUGUUAUACUGCAAAACGCGAACAUGAUAGAGCAGGGUUUCAGCGAGACUCAUCCAUGGCACUUACAUGGGCAUGAUUUCUGGGUAUUGGGCUAUGGGUUAGGGAAGUUUGACAUGUUCAGUGAUUCAAAUAAGUACAAUUUGGCGAACCCGAUAAUGAAAAACACAGUGCCGGUGCAUCCUUACGGGUGGACGGCGCUUCGAUUUCGAGCAGAUAACCCCGGCGUCUGGGCUUUCCAUUGCCAUAUUGAAUCUCAUUUCUUCAUGGGCAUGGGGGUUGUGUUGGAAGAAGGGGUAGAGAUGGUGGGGAAGUUGCCGUCUUCCAUUAUGGGCUGUGGAGCAACUAAACAGUAAUGGGUGAAGUAAUUCAGGUACAGGUAAAUAUUUUCUGACCGUCGUAAAAGAUAUACAA